UCCAAUUAAAGUUGAACCUAAACAUACCCCACAAAACUGGUACAUAGUAACUAAUCAUGUUAUCAUUCAGAACUCAGGGUUAUAAUGGAUACGGAGUACAAUACUCACCAUACUUUGAUAACAAAAUUGCCGUGGCCACGGCAGCAAACUAUGGAUUGGUCGGGAAUGGACGAUUAUUCAUCUUGAACAUAAAUCCCCAGGGCAUAAUUGGUGAGCAAAUCUCAUGGGAAACUCAAGAUGGGUUAUUUGAUUUAGCAUGGAGUGAAAUACACGAAAACCAAGUUGUUGCCGCUAGUGGUGACGGUUCAAUUAAGCUUUUUGAUAUAACCGUAGGGCAAUUCCCCAUUAUGAAUUGGAAAGAACAUCAACGUGAAGUUUUCUCAGUCAGAUGGAAUCUCGUGGAUAAGGCCAACUUUGUCAGUUCAAGUUGGGAUGGUACUAUGAAAAUCUGGAGUCCACAACGACAAGAGUCACUUCUUACUUUAUCAGCUCCUACAUCGGAUAAUAAAGUAGCGCCAGUUGGAACGGCCAAACCCCAAUUAUCACACCAACCCCAGCAUCAACAACAACAAAUCAACACCGCCAACUGUAUUUACUCUGCAUCGUUCUCACCCCAUUCUCCAUCACAAAUCAUAAGUUGUAACGGAUCAUCGCAAAUUCAAAUGUGGGAUAUCCGAGCUCCCAAACCAUUGCAAUUACAAUAUGUGGCCCACCGAGGAUUAGAGACAUUGUCUUGUGACUGGAACAAGUAUAAAUCUACUGUGAUUGCAUCUGCCGGCACUGACAAGUCAGUACGUAUUUGGGACUUGAGAAUGAUCUCCAAAUUGGACCAACCUUAUUCUCCAAUAUCAAACACACAUAUUAGAGGUCCCACUCCAUUGAAUGAAUUGCUCGGACAUCAGUUUGCGGUAAGAAGAGUACAAUGGUCUCCCCAUGAUUCCAAGGAAUUGGUAUCUACGUCGUACGACAUGACAGCAAGAAUAUGGCGAGAUGAGUCCGACGAAAGGGCAAGAUUCUUAAACACUAAACAAGGGGGUAUGACUGGGGUGUUUGGACAUCAUAAAGAAUUUGUCAUUGGUUGCGAUUAUAGUUUAUGGGGUGAACCUGGUUGGGUGGCCACUACUGGUUGGGACGAAAUGGUUUAUGUAUGGGAUUCUAAACGUUUAUAGAUAACAGAUGUGUUCUCGCUCUCUUGAAAUUUACCCUGGUAUAAUCAGCAACAAUUAUAAGUCGACACUUUGUCGAAUGCAAACUACUAUAAUCAGUAAUAAAUAUUGGCUAAUCCAAGACUUUGUAAAAAUUAGGGAUAGUUUAAGAUUAUACAAUAAAAAUUAUAUAAAAUUGUGUGUUGAUUGGAGGAGCUUAUGCCUAUAUGAAAAAGUAUAUAAACUAGCUUGUGUCUCCUUGCUACUCCAAAGUCGGGUAUCCCUAAGUUAUACAUUCAAAUUGAAUUUGAGCUAAAUCACAAAAACAUAUAUAUAUAUAUA